AUGGAGAUCAACGACAACAGCAUCACCGAACUCCAGCUCACCGCCAGCUUCAUCUCCUUCUUCAACAAGAACAGCGCGACCAAGAUCCGGCAUCACUCCUGGUUGACUUUCCACGUUCUACAGGCGAGUUCCCCCGGCCGGCGAGCAUGCAUCCGCGCAGCUUCACUCGCCCUCUACGCAAAACACACUGGCGACACUCGUGCGAUUCUUGAGUCCCAUGAAUGUUACGGGCGUAGCCUCCAGUAUCAGCAAGAGAGGCUUGCUUCCUGCUCGACCAGCACGGCGGAAGAUAUUGCCAUGACGGUCAUCCUGGCCUACUACGAGGCUAUACUCCCCUCGUCGCCGUCAGCGAGCGCAUUCGCCCAGCAUAUCACGGCCGCGACGGCCAUGCUUUGCGCUGUGGGGGCGGAGAAAUGCCAGCAGGGAUGGCUUCACCAGAUGCUCCUGACGCUGCGCUUGCACAUGGUAUACGUCUCUUUCAAUACGUGGACGGCGUCCGUUUUUGCCUCGGAGGAAUGGAUGCGGAUUCCCUUUCGACGGCGAGAGAAAUCACCGCUGGACCGUAUCGUUGAUCUUCUCCUUCAAUAUCCUUCAACUCCGACAAGGGGCCUGGUGACGGUGUAUGGGCACACCUCGACAGCCCUGAAAGCAAUAUGGAGAGACAUGAACCAAUCUACUACCGACACAGACACCUUUCGCGACUACAUACCGCCAAAAACGGGCUAUCCCGACUCCCAGUCAGCCAUCACCAUAGCCUUGUAUAGCUUUGCUUGGGUGUUCACCUUGUCCGCCAAGCACGCGCAGCACAUAAAUCAUCUGAUUACAGCCCACUGCGAAGCUAUCCUCGCGGUAGCAGUGUACAUCGACUCAAUCCAGGACGGCUGCAGUCUCAUCCGGAUGGCGAUGCCUUUGCUCUGGGUCUCGAGACAUUCGCCCGAAGAAAAUCAGCAAGAGAAGGCUUGCGGUUAUCUCCAGAAGUGGAACAUGGCCCUACCUAUGGAUAACCUCUGUCUAACAUAA